CACAAGUAAGAAGCUACUUCCUUUUCCGCCGCUGCUCCGGCGCCUCGUACACGAGUGUUCAUCUUUUCACUGUUGACGUGUGGAUUUGUGAACAAACCGAACGGACUCAUAGCGCUUAGCUGACGAAAAUGAAACCCAUCCUGCUGCAGGGCCAUGAGAGGUCCAUCACUCAGAUAAAGUACAACAGAGAAGGAGACCUGCUGUUCUCUGUGGCCAAAGACACGGUAGCAAACGUCUGGUACUCAGUGAACGGGGAGAGGCUGGGUACCUACAAUGGACACACAGGAGCUGUGUGGUGUGUGGACUGUGACUGGGACACCAAGAACGUGUUGACAGGAUCAGCAGACAACAGCUGUCGACUGUGGGACUGUGAGACCGGUAAACAGUUGGCUCUGCUCAACACCAACUCGGCUGUCAGGACGUGCGGCUUCGACUUCAGCGGAAACAUCAUCAUGUUUUCCACAGACAAGCAGAUGGGUUACCAAUGCUUCCUGAACUUCUUCGACCUGAGGGAUCCACAGCAGAUAGAGGACAACAACCCCUACCUGUCCAUCCCCUGCAGCGAGCACAAGAUAACCAGCGCCGUGUGGGGACCUCUGGGGGAGUUCGUCAUCGCUGGCCAUGAGAACGGAGAGAUCAACCAGUUCAGCGCUAAGUCUGGAGACGUUCUGAAGAUGGUAAAGGAGCACAGCAGGCAGAUCAACGACAUCCAGUCAUCCGUGGAUCUCACCAUGGUGAUCACAGCCUCCAAGGAUAACACCUCUAAGCUGUUCGACUCCAACUCUCUGGAUCACAUCAAGACGUUUCGGACAGAGAGGCCCGUGAACUCGGCCGCCAUCUCUCCUAAAAUGGACCACGUGGUGAUGGGAGGCGGACAGGAAGCCAUGGAGGUCACCACGACCUCCACCAGGAUCGGCAAGUUUGAGGCGAGGUUCUUCCAUGCCGCCUAUGAGGAGGAGUUUGGCAGGGUCAAAGGUCACUUCGGUCCCAUCAAUUGUGUGGCGUUCCAUCCUGACGGCAAAAGCUACAGCAGCGGAGGAGAAGACGGAUACGUACGAAUUCAUUACUUUGACCCACAGUACUUUGAUUUUGAACUGGAGGCGUAAAAAUCCGCUUCAGCCAACAGACACACCUGGAAGGAAAACAUCCAUCGCUUUGCUCCGAUCUCUAGUUCUACGUUAAAAUUUUUAAUAUUUACCAGCAGUGAUAACAUUUAACUGUUCAUUUUUGAAUUGAUUCAAUAAAAAGAAGGAAGGUCAAGAAAAAGAUGUGCUG